UCCAGUAGUAUGUAGUAUAUGUCGAUGGUCUGCAAUGGCCUGGAUAAACCUUUACAUACCAACGAAUGUGUUAAUUGUAAUACUUUGCUCUAAUAAGGACUGAAAUUUAGAAUAACACAAAAAAAGAAAUAUCGUUUAAGUGACAGCGAAUCGAUGAAGACAAAGGAAUUUAGAUAAAGGAGCGAUGCUUGGUUUUAUAAAAUUAUUAUUGCUCGUGCUUAUUAGCACAGUGAUAACGCUAUUUUUUUCUUAUCUUCAUUUGGUAUUUAUAUUAGACAUGUAUUUUCAAUGGUUCUUCAACGAUGUUCAAGAUAUGCAGCAAUAUGAUUAUAUUAUCGUUGGUGCUGGUAGUGCUGGCUCGAUUCUGGCAACGCAUUUAGUGGAGGAUAAACAUAGCGUAUUGUUGUUAGAAGCGGGUGGCACCGCUCCAUCCUUUCUUGACAUACCACUCUUGGGACCAUUGAUUCAAAACACUGUUUACGAUUGGCAAUACGUCACCGUUUCCCAAGAGUAUGCAUGUAAAGGCUUAAUCAACAAUCAAAGCAGAUGGCCUAGAGGUAAAAUUCUCGGAGGCUCAAGCCAUCUAAAUUAUAUGGCUUAUGUAUUGGGACAUCAGCUGGACUAUGAAAAAUGGUUUCCAGAUUUUGCUGAAUCAGUUGCGAAAAAUGACGAAUCAAUCAGUAUCAGCGAAUUAAGAUGGAACACUGAUUUUGCUGAUAUAAUUUUAGAGGCAAUAAAGGAACUGAAUCAUAAUGUGAGCAACAUAAACUUACAAUUGGACACAGGUUUUAUGAAAGCUCAAUUGACAAUGGAGAAUGGCAGAAGAUGGAGUUCGGACAAGAUACUGUAUAAAAAACCUAAUCCUGCUCUGACUGUAAUUACUCACGCACGCGCCACUAAGAUAUUAGUGAACUUGGAUAAAGCUGAGGGAAUUGAAUUUGUUAGAUUCGGUAGUAAAUAUACGGCAAUAGGGAAAAAAGGAAUUAUUUCAAGUGCUGGUGUAAUCGAGAGUCCAAAAUUGUUAAUGUUGUCUGGAAUUGGACCAAAGAAGCACUUGGAGAAAUUCGGUAUCAGCGUGAUCAAUGAUCUGCCAGUUGGUCAAACCUUGAUGGAUCAUAUAUUAACCGGUCUGGACUUGAUUGUAGUUAACGCGAAUCUUGGAUUGAAUCUUUCUGAUAUCUUUAAUCCUAUGUCAGCCCUCAAUUAUUUUUUCUUUGGGAAAGGACCAUGGACAUCAUCGGGAGUAGAAGUAUUAGGGAUAUUUCAUAGUCCUUUACAUGCAAAUAAGUCCGCAGUACCCCCAGAUUUGCAGUUAAUGGUACUACCUUUUGGAGCAUCAAAAGACAAUGGUCUUAUUUCCAAAAAAGCAAUGGGAAUUUCUGAUGAGGUUUAUAACAAAUAUUUUGCUCCGCUUUCAGACCAAAAUACAGUAACGAUUGCACCUGUCUUAUUACAUCCUAAAAGCACUGGGGAAUUACGAUUGCAAAGCAGCGAUCCCUUUCACGAUCUGCUAAUUGAUCCAAAAUAUUUAUCACAUGAGGAUGAUAUUGACACUCUCAUAGAAGGCCUGUAUUUUAUAAAGAAACUCUUGAACACGAGCGUAUUGAGAGCUCAUGGUGCAUCUCUCAAUAGAAAGUCUUUCCCUGGUUGCGAGGAUCAUAUAUUUGACACCAGGACGUAUUGGAAAUGUUAUAUACAGCAUUUAACACUGACCUCUUACCAUCCAGUUGGUACAUGUCGCAUUGGCGACGUUGUUGAUAUGUCAUUUAAAGUUAACAAUAUGAGAAAUUUGUAUGUCGUGGACGCAUCAGUUCUUCCAUCGCUACCAAGCGGAAAUAUCAACGCACCUGUGAUUGCAUUGGCGCAAAAGGCUGCCCGUAUUUUUAAAAAUAAAAAAGAAGAAAGAAGAAACAUACAAAAACAGCUUAAGUCGUAUAAUGUUUGUUAUGUAUUUAAUGUUUGUAGUAAUAUGUGAAAUAUCACGUGUAAAUAUGUCAAUAAAACUUACAACUUACAACUAA